AUGGAGCUGAAGAAUCACACAUAUAUCUCAGAAUUUCUUCUUCUGGGAGUCUCACAGGACGCCAGAUGGCAGCCCAUCCUCUUUGGCCUCUUCCUGGCCAUGUAUCUGAUCACCGUGCUCGGCAAUCUGCUCAUCAUCCUGGCAGCCAUCUCUGACCCCCGUCUGCACACGCCCAUGUACUUCUUCCUCUCCAACCUGUCCCUGGUGGACAUCGGCUUCACCUCCACCACCGUCCCCAAGAUGCUGGUGAACAUCCAGACCCACAGCCAGGCGAUAGCGUAUGAAGGCUGCAUCAUGCAGAUAUACUUUUUCAUACUCUUUGGGGUUUUGGACAAUUUCCUCCUGACCGUGAUGGCCUAUGACCGCUUCGUGGCUAUCUGUCACCCCUUACACUACACAGUUGUCAUGAAUCCCCGGCUCUGUGGGUUGCUACUCUUGGGGUCCUGGAUCACGAGUGCCCUGAAUUCCUUGUUACAGAGCUUGAUGGUAUUGAGGCUCUCCUUCUGUACAGACUUGGAAAUCCCCCACUUCUUCUGUGAGCUUAAUCAAGUGGUCCAGCUGGCCUGUUCAGACACCAUGCCCAAUAACCUGGUCAUGUUCUUUGCAGCGGGGUUCUUGUUCUGUGGGCCCCUGGCAGGCAUCCUCUACUCUUACUGUAAGAUUGGAUCCUCCAUCCGGAAAAUCUCUUCCGUGCAGGGGAAGUACAAAGCCUUUUCCACCUGCGCGUCUCAUCUCUCCGUGGUGUGUCUAUUCUACGGCACGUGCUUAGGGGUGUAUUUCAGUUCUUCAGCCACACAGAACUCACACUCGAGUGCCACGGCCUCGGUGAUGUACAGCGUGGUCACCCCCAUGCUGAACCCCUUCAUCUACAGCCUGAGGAACAAGGACCUCAUGGGGGCUCUGAGGAAGCUCUUCAGAGGAAAUCCAUGA